AGCAGCGAAGUCGAGGCCGCGCGCCGCAUUGUCCGAGAUGCGAUUGCCAAGAUGAAAGUCUUGAAUAAGGCACGCUUCGAGAACCCGGCUCCCAACCGCGGCUCACUCCUUACUGGGCAGCAGCAGGGGCUGGGGAAUAGAGGAGAAGAGGACGCACCAAAAGAGGGCUUCCCCGUCCUCGUCCCCACGGACGAGAUGACGAAGGCUGCGGCCCUGCUAGCCGAGCUCGAGGCCGAGCCUAUCGCGGCGCCCCAGAAGCGCGCGGACGCCUGGUGGAUGCAGGGGCUCAAGCAUCUCGGCCGUGUGCCGUGGGGGCUAGAUACCUCCUAUAGAACCUGGAGGAACGUUGUCGAUUAUGGUGCGGAUCCCUCAGGAGCCAAGGCAGGUUUCCCAAUUUCCUUCUCUUUGGACUCAACAGCAGCCAUCCAGAACGCCAUCGACGACGGUAAGCGCUGCGGUGCAAAGUGCAACGGCUCCACGCGCAAGAACGCCAUCGUCUACUUCCCACCAGGGCGCUACCUCGUGUCCAAGUCCAUAAGCGUGGUGUUUGGCACUCAAAUCAUCGGCGACGCCAACAACAUGCCAACCAUUGUUGCCUCUUCCAGCUACAUCGGCCUGGGAGUGCUGUCUACAGACGUGUACGUCGAGAAUGGCGGCGUGGGUCCCGACGGCGGUGCCCUGCAGUGGUACGUCAACACGGCCCGGUUCUACGGCCAGAUCCGCAACAUUAAGAUCGACAUUACGGCCACGGACCCUGGCGCGUAUGUCGCCGCCAUGCACUACCAGGUCGCACAGGCCACAACUGCAGAGAACAUUGUCAUCGAGGCCAAGGCUGGUACCGUAAAUACAUUGUGGCAGACGCAACAAGGCAUCUACGCCGAGAAUGGCAGCGGUGGUGUUAUUUCGGAUAUUACUUUCAACGGCGGUAACUUUGGCAUCUACGGCGGCGCUCAGCAGUUUAGCGCUUCCCGCUUGACCUUCAACGGUUGCAACACAGGUGUCCAGCUAAUCUGGGACUGGGGCUGGUCGUGGAAGAGCGUGACGAUGAACAGUGUCGGCGUCGGCUUCAAGUUGUACAACGACGGAGACGCGUCGCGACCAGGAUCCGUGAGCAUCAUUGACUCCAUCUUCAAUAACAUGGGCAAAGCAGCCAUCGAGAUGAUCAAACCAUCAGAUGGUAUGGAUCAGGGAUACACGGGCGUCACAUUGGAUAAUGUCCAGCUCGGUGGAGGCAUCAAGGAGCGCGGCACCGGAAGUCCAAUCCUGGCCGCUGGAUACUACAAGACCUAUGUAAUCGGCGCCGCGUACAAGUCCAGUGUGCGAACAUUCGCUCAGGGCCCCAAGGAUUACACUCGCGACGUGACGCUGCUAGGCCCUUCGCGGCCUGGCCUACAAGGCCGGCCCUAUUUUGAACGGGCGAGGCCCCAGUACCUGGACAAGACGCCGACUGACUUUGUGCACCUCAAAGACCUAGGCGCCCGGGGUGAUGGCAACACUGAUGACACUGCCGCGAUUCAGGCCGCCUUUGCGCGAUACGGGGAUGGCAGCAAGAUCAUCUACGUCGAUGCUGGCAGCUACAUCAUCCGGGACACGAUCCUGAUUCCACCGGGAGCCAAGGUGGUAGGUGAGACGUGGUCACAGCUGGUGGCUAAUGGAGUCAACUUUGGAGAUGCCAUGAAGCCGCGGCCCAUGCUUAGAGUGGGCGAAGUCGGGUCUGAGGGCAGCGUCGAGCUGCAGGAUUUGAUACUGACGAGCCGUGGCCCGACACCAGGGCUAGUGGUCGUCGAAUGGAACAUUGCAGCGAGCAGUCCUGGUUCGGCUGCGCUGUGGGAUGUGCACGUCCGGCUCGGCGGUGCAGUCGGGACACUGCUGACGCCCACGCAGUGUCCUCCGAUCCGGUCUGGAAUCAAUCCGGCGAGCUGCCAGGUUGCUAGUCUGAUGCUGCACGUUACCAAGAGGGCGUCUGGCUACUUUGAUAACAUGUGGCUCUGGGUUGCCGACCACCAGAUCGAUGAUCCUCUGCUCGACGAUCCCAUGAACAACAUGGAGCAGCUCACCGUCUACAGCGCCCGCGGAGCCCUGUUCGAGAGCCAGAAGCCUGUCUGGCUUUACGGCACUGCCUCUGAGCACAGCGUCUUGUACCAGUACAACUUCGACAACGCAAUGACCAUCUUCACCACCAUGUUGCAGACCGAGAGUCCGUACUACCAGCCGACGCCCAAGCCACCUGCGCCGUUCGCGGGUGCCCUCGGGGUGUUCAAGAGUGACCCCUUCUACGAGUGCACGCAAGGCGUUGCCGACGGGUGCGAUGAGUCGUGGGCGGUCGUCAUCAGGAAGUCGCAGGGCAUCCACGUUAGCACGGCCGGCACGUACUCGUGGUUCAGCACCUACACACAGGACUGCAUCAGCCCCCAGGCCUGCCAGAAGGCUCUAUGGCUGCUGGGUGUCGUUAACGGCGACGACAUCCGCAUCGAGCAGCUCAUUGCGAUCGGGGCCAAGCACAUCUUUGUAACGCGUGAUGGCGGGCCUCUGAUCACUGCGGGUGCCAACAUGGCCGUCUCCAAGCAUCCAAAGUGGGCACAUGUCUCUCUCAUGGAGGUGCCUUCCCAGGGCCGCCUCGAUCCGGAGCGGUUUCCCGAGAAGAAUGAUUGCCUCGAUAGCGACAAAAUGUACAGCAGCGAAGUUAUACCUGUGGGUACCCUGGCCCCAUUCGCCAAAGACGGGUCUACGCUUAACGGCGACGACGACCAGCAACUCGCCAACUAUGUCAACAUCGUUAACCUGACCCCUUACCGAUUCAUUCGCGAGGGGGGGCCCACGCCCUAUCAGGUGCGUGCUGACUUUAAGGACAUCCCUUCUGGCCGAGCGCGGCAGGCUCGGGUCGACUACGAGUGGCAUCAGAGCAUUGACUGGACCACGACCAAUGGCUACUUCUACUACCGCCUCGAGGGAACCAACAAGCGCUUCAACAUCCACCUCACGACGCACAUGGACGACAAGUACGAACGGCGCGUUGUCUUUGACCUCGCCGAGAUGGGCAUGGGCUGGCGCGAGCUCGGCUUCCCUGGAAACGGACUUGGCGUCGCCCUCGUUAUCUCGGGCAGCGAGAGCUACGGCUACUACAACUCGCUGCAGCUCAACCACGCUGGGUGGCAGCAGAGACUUAAGGAUGUCAUCUCGAAACGCCAGCUGCGUCAUGUCGUUGUCCCGGGCUCACACGACGCUGGUAUGAGCCUCAUUUCACCGGCGUGGCUCGGCCUCGGCACCAGCUCCAACACUGCAACCCAGAGCCUCGAUCUCUACAACCAGCUCCGUGUCGGAGCCCGCUACUUUGACAUGCGUAUAUACUCGGUGCUGCGCGAUAGCUUCUGGGCUGCUCAUAUCAACUCUGACGACGCGGCUAUUCCAGUAGGGGCCACUGGAGCCAGCCUCAAUGAUCUCAUAAGCGGUAUGAACCGGUUUUCAACCGACUUCCCCGGCGAGGUCGUUGUCUGGUACAUUAAGGGUAUGCAGGAGAUCACCAGCAACCAUAAAUGGGACCUGAGCACUCAGCAGCUGUUCCUGGAAAGCCUCGAGGGAAUCAACAACAGGUGCGCAGAUCUACCUCUGCAGAAUACUAGUCCGGGGGGCGUCUGGAUCGACACGAUAACGAUGGGCGAUUACAUGUCCAAGAAUGGUGGGAAGGGCUGUGUGCUACUUGUCCUCGACCGUGGAAGAAUCCCGCCAGAGCUGGAGUUUAGGCGGCCCUCCGCUGGCAUCUAUUCAUCAGACAACUUCCGCCGGCACGACGCCUGGCCCGAAAAGAACAGCGUGCAGGGCAUCUUCGACUACCACAGCGGAGUGCUCCUGAACAAGCCGCGCACAGGCGAGAUCAAGAGCACUGGGUCGGAAGUCAAGGACGACUACCUAAUCACGCAGUGGCAGCUCACUUUCGCCUGGAACGAACAGCCCUCGUCCGCGCAGAGCCUCAACGCCAGGGCCAACCAAGAGACGAACCCGGCCAUUUAUCACACCGCCAUGAGCCUGAUCAGCCCUGAUCACUUUCCAACUGCCAUCAUGACCGACGCCAUCGGCCUCUUCCAUACAUAUGACCUGAGCGAGGGCAAUUACAACCCUAUGCUCCAGACGCUCUGCAUCGGCCUCAACCUUUACAUGGUCAGCCAGAACUGUGCCGUCUCGCCCAUCCGCAAUCCUCUCAUCGGAGGCUCGUCAUCCGUUUCACUGUCGUCAUUUGACGAGGACGGUGGCAGUGGCAACGGCACAUCUCCAGCGGCGGGUUCGCAGGUGGUCGCCACCGGCUCCGGCGUGCAGAGCGUUUUCACGGGCGUCAUCUUUGCCAAUGGCACCGUGCUGGAGGAGCGACCCGCCGACUUCUGCAGGACCUGUACCUACAACGACACGACUGUCAUUGACCAUCCGCCG